AAACCAGAGAAUUGGAGCAAGUAGCAACACCGCCGAGAGAGAGAGAGAGAGAGAGAGAGAGAUGGCUCGGAGCUCCACGAGAAUGAAAUUGGCCUGCACAUUCCUGCUGCUUCUCCUUCCUCAUUUGGUUACCAGCACCACGACCACGACGGCCGAAGACGGCCUAAUCCCCAACGGAGAUUUUGAAGCAUCCCCAGCAAACGGCUUCCCAGGGGAAUCCGUGGUGGAGCGACCCACAGAAAUCCCAAGCUGGCAAUCUAACGGCACCGUUGAGUUAGUAGAGUCGGGGCAGAAACAGGGCGGGAUGAUCCUCAUCGUACCGCAAGGUAGACACGCAGUGAGGCUCGGUAACGAUGCAGAGAUCAGCCAGGAGAUCACGGUGGAGAAAGGCUCCGUCUACUCCAUCACGUUCGGCGCAGCUCGCACGUGCGCCCAGAUGGAGUCGUUGAACGUGUCGGUGGCGCCUGCAUCACAGACCAUAGACCUUCAGACAAUGUACAGCGUGCAGGGGUGGAACCCCUUUGCUUGCGCGUUUAGCGCGGAGGACGAGAAGGUUAGGUUGGUGUUUAAGAAUCCCGGCAUGGAGGAUGACCCCACUUGUGGGCCCAUCAUUGAUAACAUUGCUGUCAAGAAGCUCUUCACUCCCGAUAAGCCCAAAGAAAACGCAGUAAUCAAUGGAGAUUUCGAAGAAGGACCGUGGAUGUUCAGGAACACUUCACUGGGCGUUCUUCUUCCCACCAACCUGGAUGAAGAAACCUCAUCACUGCCUGGCUGGAUGGUGGAGUCAAACCGGGCGGUCCGGUACAUCGACUCGGACCAUUAUGCAGUGCCACAAGGCAGGAGAGCCAUAGAGUUGCUCUCCGGAAAAGAAGGCAUAAUCUCUCAAAUGGUGGACACCAAACCAGACAAACCAUACACCUUGACCUUCUCCUUAGGUCAUGCAGAUGACAAGUGCAAGCAACCUCUUGCUGUGAUGGCCUUUGCAGGUGACCAAGCUCAGAACAUUCACUAUACACCAAACUCAAAUUCUAGUUUUCAGAGUUCUAGCCUUAAUUUCACUGCUAAGGCUGAGAGGACCAGAAUUGCCUUCUAUAGCGUGUACUACAACACCAGAAGCGAUGAUAUGAGCUCUCUUUGUGGCCCUGUGGUGGAUGAUGUGAAAGUCUGGUUUUCUGGGUCCAGAAGAAUUGGGUUCGGUGGGCUUGGGCUAGGCAUUUUGGCGUUCAUUUGGUUCUUGGUUUAAUUUUCGUUUGCCUUAUUUGGGUCUAUGGUUUGCCUUGUUGUCUAGGAAAAUCAAAAUGCAUUGAAGUGGAUUACAUAGUUGCAGGCUUUUUCUUGCUUAUGAUCUUUUGAUAGUCUCUUUUCCCUU